AUGUAUUCGCGACCAAAACGAGUUAAGUUAAAUGAUGAUUUUAUCAAUCAACUAUUAGAAGACAGUAGCGACAGUUUGUUAAGUGAAUUUGAUGAUUCAGAUGCAGACAAGACGUACAAUCCCGUCAGUUCUUCGGAGUCUGAUGUCCUAAGUGAGCUAAGUGAUAAUAAUGAACCAAGCACCUCGAGCAAUAUUUCCGUAGCAUCACAAAUUUGGACAAAUGUAACUGGCAAUUAUCAAAAACCACUGCAAUUUAAUAAUAAUUCUGGACUGAAAAUCGAUAUAUCAGUUGAUUCUACAGCUUGGGAUAUUUUUAAUUUAUUCUUGACUAAUGAAAUAAUUGAUCUUAUAGUCGAAGAAACCAAUAAAAAUGCCCAACAAUUUUUAUCAAAAAACAGAUUGACAAAAUCUAGUAGAUUUUCUAAAUGGAUUCCUACAGAUCAACAGGUAAUAAAAAAAUUUUUCGGAUUAAUGAUUUGGAUGGAGUUAGUUCAAAUGCCCACUUUGGAAGACUAUUGGAGUAUAAGUAUAAGAUAUAAAAAUAAUGUAGCGCAAAACACUAUGUCAAGAAAUCGGUUUGAAUUAAUUCUUAGAUUUUUACAUUUUUCGGACAAUGGAAAAGCUCCAAAUGACGACAGGAUUUAUAAAGUGCGCGAUUUAAUUAAUAAGUUAAUUGAAAAUUUUCAAAAAAUACUUGAACCUGAAGAGUAUUUAGCUGUUGAUGAGACAAUGGUCCCUUUUAGAGGGAGGUUAAUUUUUAAGCAGUAUAUACCAGGAAAAGCGCACAAAUAUGGUGUAAAGUUGUUCAAGUUAUGCGGAACAAAUGGCUAUACGUAUAAUGUGCAAGUAUAUGCUGACAAAAGUCAAGUUGAUGGAAAAGGUCUAGGAUGCAGAGUAGUGUUGAACUUAAGUCAGAAAUAUUUGAAUGCUGGGCGGACAAUAAUCACUGAUAAUUUUGAUACCUCAGUGCCAUUAGCAUAUGAACUUUUAAAAAACAACACACACUUGGUAGGAACAUUACGAUCGAACAGAGUUAAAUUACCAGAAGUAACCAAGGCCAAGUUAAAACCAAAUGAAAUAGUUGGAAGGGAAAAUAUUGAUGGGAUCGUCAUAGCUAAAUGGAGGGACAAGAGGGACGUCACAAUGUUAACCACACGACAUAACAUCAAUAUGUUUCGAGAAGCGUUAGUAGAUGAAAUAUUAGGACUCAAAAAAUCAAAUGAAAAUGAACAGCUAACAUCUACAUCAACACAAAAGACACAAAGACGAACUACGAAACAUAUCUUUCAAGAAACUACCGAAAAAUGCAAAAGGAACAGGAAAAUUCGAAAAAGGUGCGCUCAUUGUUACGAAAAACAAAAAUGUCUCGAGGGAUCUGUGAAGGCAAGAGAAGUAACACAAUUUUGA